AUGAACCGCCACCGCACCCGAGAGCUGAUGCCCCAAGCAGGCAUCCAGGACGGGCAGGAGCAGCUAUGUGAGAGCACAGACUGGAGGACCUUGCAGGCUCAAUGGAGGCAGCAGCUGCAGCUGCAGGCCAUGCAGAAAAAUGUGGAUACUCUUCUGGAGGAUUUCGAGAACAUCCAUGCAUUUUUCUUGACAUACAGGACCUUUGCCUCUCCUGGCGAGGUCCUAGAAAUGCUCCUCAGCAGGCAUGGAAAGCUGGAGACUUCGAGCUGCAGAGGAGAUGAAAGUCCAGCUUUCUCAGCAAACUCCAGGGCAGUCCUCAGGAAUCCAGUCAUCUUCUUUUUGAAAAUCUGGCUGCACUUCAGCGCUGAAGAUUUCAGGGAGCCGCCAAAGCACCUCACUCUGGAGAAGGUGAUAGCCCACCUUCACAAAGAGGUCCCUGGCUCUGAAACUGAAAUGGAGGCGAAACAUCUCCUCCGCCAGUUGAAAAACGUAGGAGAAAAUGAGAGCCAGCCCGGGGACCAUCCCGAGGACCAUCCCGAGGACCAGCCACAGGAGCAGCUGGGAGAUCAGCCUGGGGACCUGCCUGAGGUCCAGCCCGGGGAGCAGCCCAAAGGCCAGCCCGGGGAGCAGCUGGAGGACCAACCUGGGGACCAUCCUGACAACCAGCCGGGGGACCAGCCCAGGGACCAGCCCAAGGGCCAGCCAGGGGACCUGCCUGAGGUCCAGCCCAGGGACCUGCCUGAGGUCCAGCCCGGGGAGCAGCCUGAGGGCCAUCUGGGGGACCGACCUGGGGACCUGCCCGAGGGCCAGCCUGGGGACCUGCCUGGAGUCCAACCCAAGGGCCAGCCCGGGGACCAGCCUGAGGGCCAGGCCGGGAACCUGCCUGAGGUCCAGCCCAGGAAGCAGCCCAAGGGGCAGCCCAGGGAGCAGCUGGAGGACCAACGUGGGGACCAGCCCGAGGGCCAGCCAGGGGACCAGCCCAAGGACCAUCUGGGGCACCGACUUGGGGACCUGCCUGGAGUCCAGCCCAAGGUCCAGCCCAGGGACCUGCCCAGGGACCAGCCCAAGAACCUGCCUCAGGAAAAGAACGGAGAAGCCCGUAUCGUUCGCUGCACAUUGCAGAGCGGCAAAGGUGCUGCAUACAAAGGUAUUCUGUUAACCAGCCAAGACAGGACUGUAGACGUCAUUUCAAAAAUCAUGACAAAAUACCAUCUAGACGUGGAGGAAGCAGAAAAGUACCAGCUUGUGCAGGUCAUUUCAGAGCACAAAGAGCUAGUCUUCCCGCAGGGAGCAAACGUGUUCUCUGAAAUGAACAGCCAGGGCAAUGCAGACUUCAGUAUAAGAAGAAAACCAGCUUUUGUUGUCACCCCAGGGCCUGCUGAAAUCAAGAAAAAGAGGAGGCGCCUACCUCGCCUCUUUAGAGGCAGCAGGCUCAGACCUGAAUGAAAGCUUUUUAAAAGGGAGCUGACAUAAAUAACACCGUCAGGCUGGGGGACACUGGGAA